AGCCAGUGAGCGAGGUGAGAACGCGGCCGUGGCGCCUUGUUCGCACACGGGAACGUUCGUCGGUCGCCGUCGGUAAAAGAUUGGGCUGUUCUCGCGUCGCCGCCUGCCAGCCCAUUCGGCCUCGGCCCACUAAAGAGGAAGAUGGUGAAAGGGCCCUACAACCGUAGGCCCACCUAAGCGUAUAUGGGCCGUCGUUUUAUCCUUCGAACUCAACAAAUCCCCGUUCCUUUCUCCUCCUCCCUAUCCUUCUUCCCUUCUGAUUCGCAACCCCUCUUCAUGUUCAUGGUCGGUUUCGAAUUCCGAUAUCGGACAAUGCAAAGUUGCUAACCAAUAAAUCCGAUCACGACGCUGCUUCGCCUUCGGCGAUACGCAAACUGAUCCUUCUCUUCGUGCAGAUGCCGUUCUCCCUGUUACUCUUCACCGGCGCCGUCGCUGGAGUCGCGAUGUUGGUCCUCCCUUGGUGGUGCGCCGUCGGCGAGGACGACGACACCUACAUCGACGGCGUCGUCGAUGACUCUUACGACUCUGAUUCCUGGUACACAGAUUAUAGCGACGAAGACGACGACGACGUUGGCGGCGACAAUAAGGACGGUUUAACGCCAGACCAGCUGCGGCGGCUGCCGUGGUUCGCCUACUGCGGCGGCGGCGGCAGGAGCUGCAGCAUAUGCCUGGAGGAGAUGCGCGACGGCGAGAGGUGCCGGCGGCCGGGUCGCUGCCGGCACGCAUUCCACGCCGCCUGCGUCGACGAGUGGCUGACGACGAGACGCACCUGCCCGUGCUGCCGUGAGCUCGUCCUGGUCCCUCCGGCUGCAAGGCUAGCUGCUCCCACGUAUCGGUAGACGAUGUCACUAAACUUUUCGGCACGAACAAAUACUGAAAUAUACCGGCUGCAGUUCUAAUUCUGGUUUUGAAACUAGUUUGCUGAUAUUGUAGAAGUGUACUUCAUCUG